AUGAUUGUGGACUUCAGGAAGAGCACUGUCCCCCCGCCCCCACCCUCCGUGAUGGACUCCCCCAUCACCUCUGUGGAGUCCUUCCGUUUCCUGGGCACCACCAUCACCCAGGACCUCAAGUGGGAGCCGACCAUCAGCUCCCUCAUCAAGAAGGCCCAGCAGAGGAUGUACUUCCUGCGGCAGCUCAGGAAAGCCAAGCUGCAGUUCUACACGGCCAUCAUCGAGUCCAUCCUCACCUCCUCCAUCACCUCCUCCAUCACCUCCUCCAUCACCUCCUCAUCACCUCCUCCAUCGCCUCCUCCAUCACCUCCUCCAUCACCUCCGCCAUCACCUCCUCCAUCACCUCCUCCAUCACCUCCUCCAUCACCUCCUCCAUCACCUCCUCCUUCACCUCCUCCAUCGCCUCCGCCAUCACCUCCUCCAUCACCUCCGCCAUCACCUCCUCCAUCACCUCCUCCAUCACCUCCUCCAUCACCUCCUCCAUCACCUCCUCAUCACCUCCUUCAUCACCUCCUCCAUCACCUCCUCCAUCACCUCCUCCAUCACCUCCUCCUCCUUCACCUCCUCCAUCGCCUCCGCCAUCACCUCCUCCAUCACCUCCGCCAUCACCUCCUCCAUCACCUCCUCCCUCACCUCCUCCAUCACCUCCUCCAUCACCUCCUCCAUCACCUCCUCAUCACCUCCUUCAUCACCUCCUCCAUCACCUCCUCCAUCACCUCCUCCAUCACCUCCUCCAUCACCGUGUGGUUCGCUGGAGCCACAGUCAGGGACAAACAGAGACUACAGCGCAUUGUGCGCUCUGCAGAGGAAGUGAUCGGCCGCAGCCUUCCAUCGCUGCAGGACCUUGAGCCGGGUCCGUCAGUGCGUGCCGGGUCCGUCAGUGCGUGUUGGGUCCGUCAGUGCGUGUCGGGUCCGUCAGUGAACCUGGGUCCGUCAGUGCGUGUCGGGUCCGUCAGUGAGCCGGGUCCGUCAGUGCGUGUCGGGUCCGUCAGUGAGCCGGGUCCGUCAGUGCGUGUCGGGUCCGUCAGUGCGUGUUGGGUCCGUCAGUGCGUGUCGGGUCCGUCAGUGCGUGUUGGGUCCGUCAUGAGCCGGGUCCGUCAGUGCGUGUCGGGUCCGUCAGUGAGCCGGGUCCGUCAGUGCGUGUCGGGUCCGUCAGUGCGUGCCGGGUCCGUCAGUGAGCCGGGUCCGUCAGUGCGUGCCGGGUCCGUCAGUGCGUGCCGGGUCCGUCAGUGCGUGCCGGGUCCGUCAGUGAGCCGGGUCCGUCAGUGCGUGUCGGGUCCGUCAGUGCGUGUCGGGUCCGUCAGUGCGUGUCAGGUCCGUCAGUGCGUGUCGGGUCCGUCAGUGAGCCGGGUCCGUCAGUGCGUGUCCGUCAAUGCGUCUCGGGUCCUGAACCUGGGUCCGUCAGUGCGUGUCGGGGUGUGUACCAUGGACAGAGUCGCAGUGAAGGGACCCUCUCUGUCUGGGUGUCACCUGAUCCCUGCAGCAGCGUUCCCACAACACUACAAAGGACCCUGCUCUAGACAGGUGAUGCAGGAUCUGGAAGAAUGCGGCGUUCUCUGUGCGGCUGAUGGGAAAGCUCCAAUGUUUAACAGCUCCAGUGUUUAA